GAAUUCACGAUUCAUUUUGUUGUUGGCACAUGAAAUAUUGUGGAAGAGUUGAAAUCAAAAUUAGGGUUAUUUUUGGUGUGGUGAUUGGGAGAAAGAAGAAGGAUGUGGCACGAGGCGAGGAGGUCGGAGAAGAAGGUGCACGACAUGAUGGACGCGGCUCGAAAAAGAGCACAGAGAAGAGCCGUUUACCUUGCAAAGAGGCGCGGCGAUCCUCAGCAAUCCAUUCAGCUCGUUGGCUUUCGUUCCCGAACCUAUCGUGACGACGCCCUUUACCAAGCCACCCAGGAUCAGCAGGGCCUGAUACCUUGGAAUGGGAAACAGGAUAUUUUGAUUGACAGAUUUGAUGGGCGGGCUCUCCUUGAUUUCAUUCGGGAUACUGGUUAUAGGCGUGUUCAGGAAAAGUCCGAAGAAGAAGAAGAAUUAGAAGAGUUUGUUAAUUUUGAGCGUUAUCGGGAUUUAAUAAAGCAUCGGCGUAGAGGAUUUACUGAUGAGGAGGCUUUGCAACAUGUAAAUCAAGAGAUGGAGGCCAAGGCUACUGCUCCAUUUGUAUCAGACAGAUCUAAUUUGUCACAGCCUGCUGCAAGCAAAGGAUCUUACUCACAGGUUGGAUUUUCUUAUGAUGGAAAUGGAAAGGAAGAAUCCCAGAUUUCAGAUGAUGAUGAUGAUAAUGAAGAUGAUGAAGAUGAUGAGGAUGAUGAGGAUUUUAACAGUGAUGAUAGCAAUGAUGAAGGAAUGGAAAUUAUUGCAAAAGAAUAUGGGGUUAAAAGGUAUGGUUGGCUUGUUUACAUGGAUAAGAAAGCUAAGGAGGAAGAAAAAAGGCAAAAAGAGAUGAUCAAAGGUGAUCCUGCAAUUAGGAAGCUGAGUCGUAAGGAAAGAAGGAAGGCUUCUCAGAUUGAAAGGGAGAGAGAGAGAGAAGCUACGCGGAUAUCUGGAACUCGUGUGCUGCAUCAUGAUCCCUACCGGGAAUCUAGACAAAGUCCUACUUAUGAAGCUUAUUCUCGUUCUAGAAGGUCAAGGUCCAGAUCACGGUCCUACUCUCCGUCGCAUUCCAGGCGUUAUUCGCGUAGCAGUCAUUCUGAUGAUAUCCACCGAAGCAAACCAAGGACUCCUAAAAUAGAAUACAUUACUGAAUUUGGGGGCUCUGGAGAAGCAGAUGAACCCAGGCGUGAAGGAUUUUCUCCACCACGAUCUCCUCCAUCUCAAGUUGAUAUGUUAAACCGGCCAUCAUCUGGUUGCAUACUUGAGGCAUUGCAUGUCGAUCCUGCUUCUGGUGUAUCUAUUGAUAAGGAUAAGGGCACUAAAGUCAUGAAGCCAUCAGUAAGCACAUCUUCAGCAUUAGCAAAAUUAAAGGCAAGUGGUUCUGGAGGGCCCUUAAAACAUCAACAAGGGGAGAAGAAAGAAACUCCUCAAGAAAGACUUAAAAGGAUCAUGAACAGGCAACUAAACAAACAAAUUAAAAAGGAUACUGCUGCUGAAUUAGCUAAGAAAAGGGAACAUGAGCGGCAGAGGCAGGAAAAGCUUGCUGAAACAAGUCGAUUGAGUCGGUAUAGACGUCGCAGCCGGAGCAGGAGUUUCAGCCGUUCCCCCCCAAGAAGACACAGGCGUAGUAAAAGUCCAAGUAGAAGCAGGGGUUCCAGAAGAUAUUCUAGAUCUCGCUCUCGAUCCCAUUCAACCCGCUCACGCUCACGUUCCCGUUCUCGCUCUCCUUACUCUCGUUCUCCCAGAAUGAGAAACCGUUCAAGGCACUGAUGGAAUGCUGUAUGCAUGUAGAAAUGGUGAUGUGGUCGGUGGGUAAUUUUUUAUAUAUGAAUUUUACUGUUCCCAAGUGGUUCGGGGCAAACAUUUGCCGUUGUGCUUAGUUGAGUUUUACUGAAGUUGCGUUAGGCUAUCUUUUUGAACAUUUCACUUUAUCAUCUGCUAAUAUAUAUAUUUAACAUAUUUACGAAUUGUGAGUAAUUUGAUUUUUCGAAUGUCUUAUCGGGUACAUAUUUCUCAUGAAAAUUUCGAUCCA